CUGGGUGUGGGGAAAGGGGGACGUUUUUUUUGCGUCCGUAGCCAGUUGGUUACGUUCAAUUUAGCUUUAUCUUACACUCUCUGCGAAUAUUUGUGGUUUGAUUUGUGUCUCUUUUCUAUUUUAGUAAGCUGUACAGUUUAAGAGACGUAUUUAAUCGUUGAGUGAGGAGGGGAUGGUUUUAUAAGAUAGCUUAUGCUGUCAAACCGAGGGGAAGGACAGAAGGAGGACUCGUGAGAGGGGGAAACGCUUCUGAAUGGAACGCGUCCACAGGGCUUCAGGCCGCCUUUCUUUAAUUACGACUUGAGCAACAAGGAAAAGUGGAAAAGAGGCGCAGGCUCCGGUCAAAAUAGAGUCGAACCAGCGCGUGAGGCGAAGGAAAGAGGGGAAGUGAGUGUGGACGGUUCCUCUUCUCUGUUUCCUUCCCUCCACACCGGACCAGCGGCUCUUCAGGCUCCGUCAGGCUCCCACGGACACCAUGGCUGCUGCUCCACUGAACAGAUGGGACCGAGGAGGCGCCUCCACCGAGCAGCAAUGAGCGGAGGAGCGUAGGCUGCUGGGAUCACCAACACAACCUCAGUGACUCUUGUUGUCUGACGACACACGCACACGCACACACACACACACAGAAGAAGAAGAAGAAGAAGAAGAAGAAGAAGAAGAAGAAGAAGAAGAAGAAGAAGAAGAAGAAGAAGAAGAAGAUGGGGCAUCCCCCUCUGGAGUUCAGUGCCUGCUACCUGGACAGUCCGGACUUCAGAGAGACCCUCAAGUGCUACGAGGUGGAGCUGGAGAGGACCAGCAAGUCCCUCAAAGAGCUGAUCAAAGAUGGCAACAGUGUCAUCACUGCGAUCAGGGGUUAUUCUGUGGCCGUGCAGAGGUUUUCUCAGACUCUCGGCAUGUUCCAGCUCGACUUCAUCGGUGAAUCCCUGACCGACGAUGAGAUCAACAUCGCUGAGUCGUUCCAUGAGUUCGCUGGUCUCCUGCAGGAAGCGGAGCACGACAGGAUGAUGCUGGUGCAGAACGCCUCCGAUCUUCUCAUCAAGCCGCUGGAGAAGUUCAGAAAAGAGCAAAUAGGAGUAACUAAAGAAAAGAAGAAGAAGUUUGAGAAAGAGAGUGAAAAAUAUUACUCUCAACUGGACAAACACCUGAAUAUCUCUGCCAAGAAGAAAGAGAGUCAACUUCAAGAGGCUGAUGAACUGUUGGACAAAGAGCGGGUGAACUUCUACGAAUCGUCAGUGGAGUACGUGUACCAGAUCCAUCAGGUGCAGGACAGGAAGAAGUUUGAUGUGGUGGAGCCGGUGCUGGCGUUUCUUCACAGCAUUUUAACGCUCAACAACCUGACAGUGGAGAUGACUCAGGACUUCAUGCCUUAUAAGCAGGAGCUGCAGCUCAGCUUGCAGAAUACAAGAAACCACUAUGAGAGCACUCGUGAGGAGAUGGAGGAGCUGAUGAAGAGAAUGAAGCAGCCAUCGCAGAUCUGUAAAAUGCACAAUUUUCUGCCAGUGGAGGGUUAUCUGCAGUGCCAGGAGAAGUGGGCUUUGGGGAUGACGUGGGUGAAAUAUUAUUGCAAGUAUCACAAGGAGGGAAGACUGCUGGUCAUGGUACCUUGUGAACAGAAGCCUACAACUAAACAGGGCCCCACGCAGCUGACAUUGAAGUCUUGCAUUCGCCGGAAGACAGAGUCCAUAGACAAGCGCUUUUGCUUCGACGUGGAAACUAUCGAGAGAAACACGCCCGUUACUUUCCAGGCUCUUUCCGAGGGGGACAGGAAGAUGUGGAUGGAGGCCAUGGAUGGAAAAGAGCCUAUCUAUCACUCCCCAAUUCACAAUCAAGCUGAAAUGGAGCUGAAUGAAACUGGAUUCAAAUUUGUGCGAAAGUGCAUCAACUAUAUUGAAUCAAAAGGAGUGACACAAGAAGGAGUGUACCGAACAGUUGGCAGCAACAUCCAAGUGCAGAAGCUCUUAAAUACCUUCUUUGACCCCAUAAAUCCAGCUGAUGUGGACCUUCACAGCAGCGAGUUGGAUGUUAAAACCAUCACGAGUGCAUUGAAGUUUUACCUCAGGAGUCUGUCUGAACCACUGAUGACCUACGGUCGACACACGGACCUCAUGCGUGCUGCAAAGUCAGAUAAUCUGGACUUUCGACUGAGUGAGAUUCAUUCUCUUACCCACAAAGUACCGGAGAAGAAUCGUGAGAUGCUGGAGAUGCUAAUCAAACACUUGGUGACUGUGUGCAGCCACAGCGAUGAAAACCUCAUGACCCCUUCUAACAUGGCCGUCAUCUUUGGACCCACGCUGAUGAGGGCGAAGGAGGAGACUGUCGCGGCCAUGUUGGAUAUCAAGUUCCAAAACAUUGUCGUUGAGAUCCUGAUAGAGGACUACAAAAAGAUCUUCAGUAAUACGCCAGAGGACAGCACCGCCCCGCCUGUCCCUCCUCCGCGGAUCACCCCGAGAAAGCGGCAGCCCAUCACAAUCUCCAAGCGGCCACCUCGUGUUUAUCAACCGCUUAGUCACGACAACUACCAGAACACUGAGAAUGGUCAGGAGAUCAGUUCCGCAGCGGACGUCACUGUGAGCCCCGUCCCCCUCCAACGGACAAAACCUGCAAGCUGUGCUCCACUGAUGCCAAAAGACCCUCCUCCGAGAGUGCCGCUGAUGCCCAGGCCAUCGAACCGCCCCGACAGACCCCCGGACUCUGACGUUGGGAAGGUAGACGAUACGAGGCAAAGGCCUGAUUCCUCCUCUGCAGCAAACGGGGAAUCUGGAGUCUAUGUGAGCCGAGUACCUUCUUUCCAGAGCAGGAGACCACCUCCGAAGGGCACGUCAGCCAACAGAGAAGGAGAUUCUGAUGGUCUGACCAGAACGAAGUCCGCAGAGAAACAUGCCAUUUGCAGACCCCCAGUGAGGCCUCCUGAGCCCCCCUCCAGACUGCCCGCUGCACAAAAGCCCCAAACUGCAGCCAGCAGCGAGAGCUCGGCCGUAUCCUACGUUGCCUCUAAAACUAAGUUUUUUGAGAAUGCCUCCAGGAAAGUAGGCAGUCCACCGACCUCUCCAUCACCAUCAACAGCGACAAAUGUAAAGAAAGAGAAUUGAAGUUGAGGAGAUGUCGACCGCGUCGCAUGACCUCUUCGUGUGCCGUUCGGAGCUCACUGAGCUGGAGGGAGUCGCCGCAGAUGAAUUCAGUCGAUUUUGAUCUCGGCAGUUAAAUUGAGGUAGUGACUCUCGACGCGCCUGGACUCAAUGAUAAGAAUCCUGUUGUGAGGCGACACAAAAGUAAACUGAGCAUUUGAAUGAGCUUCUACGGAAACUUUGUCAGUGUUUGAAAAUUAGAAUGAAGUAAAUGUAUUUCUUUUGCCUUCCACAUCAGACAACACUGAUAAUGUCACAAUGUUCUGUCGUUUUACAGUGUUUAACUGUUCAAAUGAAACUUUUAUAUGUGGGAACUAACUAUUUUAAUGGGCUAUGACUCAUCCUUAUUUUUAACAUUUGUUUUCAGCAGUGUGAAAUAGGUGUCCCAAAGAAGACUAAUUAAUUCAAACUGGCUCAAAUCAGUUAAAUCAAAAAUACUGAAAUGUGGCAUAUAGGUCUUAAUAUUUACCUAUAGAUAUUGUGGCUAUGCAAAGCAAUUGAGACAAACUCUGUUUAGAGAGAGAACCGUUGAAGAUUUUAUGUCAGUAUUUAAACAAACGAGGAUUUCAAAAAGAAAUCUGAGGAGAUUUAAAUGUUUGUCAUGGAACUGGACAAUUGAAUUCAUCUUAAGCUACUUCUCACAAUGGAGUUAGGACUAUAAAAGCUAUUUUAAUCGGUCCAUUACAAAAAGGAACAUUUUAAUAUUAAUUAUCUCAGCGGAGACGGAGCUUGUCACUCCGAAAUAAAGCACUUUUUAAAAGGCAUUAGAAAAGUAUUUGCUAAAAAGUGUCUUGUGUAUUAAAGUCAGUGUAGUUUGAGUGUACAUAUAAUGCUAGUGUUAGUUUAAAACCUCAAGUUCUCAUUCCCUCACUUUCUCACCAUGAUAUCAGUCAUGUCUUACUCUUGUAGGUAGGUCAGGUUUUACAGAGUUGUCUUAGAUUUUUUAAUUUGAAGAGGUGAUGUUUGCUGGAACUUGUUGCACCAAAAAUGUAUUGUUGGGAUCUGAAAGCAGGUCAAAAUCAACUUUCACGCUCUAUACAGAAAUUAAGUUAAAAUAUCCAGGAUACGAAAGCCCUCAUCUUGCAUAUUUGGAGCCUGGGUAGUAGUAAUCGGUGGAUGGAGCCACGGCAGCGAGGUCCUGCCGACACAUGCGCUCGAGUCAGUCUCAUGUCAAUCAUGACAUUUCACCCCGUUUUUAUAGAAUCAAAUAACUAAUUAAAACAAAACUUACUGAAAAAAUAAGCACUUGCAGAAACAGUGUGAUUAAAAACUGUCAAAAAGACCACUUUGAUAAAAAGAUUAUUUGACAUGUACUUCGAAUUUUUUGUUUAAUCUAUGUCCCAUCCACAAACAUAGAGGAGACAGGAUUUAUUCCCAAUACUGCAGUAAGCCACCAGGGCAGGAUCAAGACGCCUUGGCUUCACUUUUGGGGGGCAGUCAUGUUGUCCAUUCUUAAUUGCAGUUAAAAAUUGUAUUGAAUACAAAAUUGUCUUCAAACUGAUACAAACUGUUACAAUAUAAAUAACACUCCAUUUUUUUUGUUUUGUUCUUAACAUGGAAAUGUUCGUUUUACACUUGCAUAAUUUUUUGGGUGAACCCAAAUGGAAAAUUCUGUUUGCUCUCUGGUUUCCAAAACAAUAAAAAAAUGAAAACAA